AUGUAUUCUGCUUGUAGCUAUGUAAUUAUGCAAAUGAUCGAUGAUAGUGCACAGGUCUGGGAGCUGAAGAAGGCGAUCAAGGCGGAGAAGCCGAACGACUUCAAAGAUGUUGAUGCAGACAAGCUGCAUCACUUCCUGGCGAAGAAAGAUGGAGCCUGGCUGGAGUCGAAGGAUCUUGCAGUGAUUGCUAUUCGGAUUGGAGGUGUUCCCAAAAACAUUAAGGCACUGCUGGACGUGGAAAUGGAUCCAGUAGACGAGCUUGGUGACUUUUCUGGUGAUACUCCGACGAAGAGGACGAUCCACGUGCUGGUGGUUUCCGAUAGGUCAAGCGUUGCCAUAGAUAGCCCUCUAUCCUCAGCGGUAACUCACAGUGAAAAUCGACGGAAGCGCUGGCGCGAACUUAACAAAAUCCUCGACAAGAACAAGAAGGCUAAGACGAUUGAUGUGGAUAGUUCGUCGACUGGUUUGUUUGUCGACGUGAAGCUAGAGGUCAAAGAGUCGGUGGACAUCAACGAAGUUACGCAAACGGAAAUUUUGGGUUCGUGCUCACCCGUGGCGCUCAUCGGAUGCGAAGUGGUUGCCGACCGCGAAGGACCCUUUGUCGUGUACGACAUCGUGACAGGUUUUAUGAAGUGGCAAAUCUACCGCUGUGGUGAAAAUUCAAUUUUGCUGGAAUCGAGCACGCUUGGUGCUAAAUCGGAGGAACUGGACACUGGAUCGAUGCGAGAUGUUUGCGAGAUGAUCUACGGGGCGUUGUCGGACCACGAAGAGGAAUGCAAGAAAGAAUAG